UUUUUCAGUGUUGAGAUACUUAGCAUUAAAAAAGCGUUAAAAAGUUCGUAUUCCCAAAAUUUUACCAGAAUCAGUUUUAGUCAGCCAUAUUACACUUGUGUGUUACGUACUCCAUACUUCGAAAAUAUGGGAUCCCACAGUCAAGUUUCCAUUAGAUGGCUGUGCAUAUCGAUAUGCUGGAUUGGUUGUGCUUCUGCCCUGCAGCCUUUUGCUCAAAGCUACUUCGCGUUUGACCGACAGGAUGCACCUUUGCCAGAAAAGCCCGCUGGUGGGUGGGAUGGAAGCAGUGUCGCGAAUCCCGCUAAUCCAAUGGGGCAGGCAGUGCCCGCUUCACCACCGCAGCCCCCACCGGUGGUUCAGCCACAACCUGCCAUACAGCCCCCACCAAAUGGGCCUUCCCAAGGACUGCCGGCAGCGGUUUCACAGCAAACCAAAUCCACACGUCCUCCAUUCGUAGAACCCCAGUCCACAAACCGCCCUGCUGGCCUGCAAAACAUUCCCGGCAAAACUACUCCGAAGCGCAAGCAGUGUGCCCGCCCAAUCAAAUGGCCGAUGCUGCCCAACAAGCCCCCGGUGGAAGCCAGCAGCAUGGCAUGUGCUGUCUAUCCCGAUAUAUACGCCAGUGUUAGAGACACAUGCACCAAACUGACUAAAGCAGAAAAGAAGAACGGAUCCUAUUUCUGGUACUGCUGCUACGUAAAGUGGGCCAAACCGGAAUGUCUUUACUGACAAAAUUAUUAAGAUCAUGCUUUAGGAGGAUGGCGGUGUGCUUUGGUCGCACUGAAGCAAGCUAUCUUCUACAGCCCGGUUCUUUCUCUGUGCAGUAUUAAGAGAUUACGCAAAACAAUGGCACCAUUUAUUGAUGUUUGACCUUAAUCUUAGAACUAAUGAUCUUGCAAUUUGAUAUCCCACCGCGCGCUUUCUGAUGUAUUAACCGAUCAAAAUUCUAUGGAAGCAUGUGUAAUAAAUUAUUGUUGAAUUG